AUGAGACUAAGAGAACUCCAAUCCCUAGAGCUGCCCGCCACGGCAGACUUCCACGUCCACCUGCGACAGGGCGACAUGAUGAAGCUCGUCACGCCCACCAUUCGCAAAGGUGGGGUGGACACUGUCUACGUGAUGCCAAACUUGACUCCCCCUAUUACGACUGUAGCCAGAGCCUUGGAGUACAAGGCUGAGCUCGAAGCUAUUGACCACAGUGUCAAGUAUCUCAUGUCCCUCUUCCUUCAUCCGGAUGUGACACCCGAAGUCAUCACUGAAGCUGCCAAGGCAGGCAUCUCCGGCGUAAAGCUCUAUCCCCAAGGCGUCACCACAAACUCCGAGAAUGGCGUCAGCACCAUCGAAGACUACUUCCCCGUCUUCACCGCUAUGGAAAAGCACGACCUCGUCCUGAACCUCCACGGCGAGGCUGUCAGCGGCCCGCCCGACCUCACGCUUGAGGAGGCCUUCCUCCCCAUGCUCAAGAAGAUCCACGAGGCGCAUCCCAAUCUGCGCAUUGUGCUAGAGCACUGCUCUACUAAGGCCGCUGUCGCUGCUGUCCGCGCUUGCGGACCUUCCGUUGGCGCGACCAUCACCGCCCACCAUCUCUUCCUCACCGGAGACAUCAGCCGCGUCAACCCCCACGCCUUCUGCAAGCCCAUCCCCAAAACCCCAGAGGAUAGAGAUGCCCUCCUCCAGGCCGUCGUCAGCGGCGACACCAAGUUCUUCUUCGGCUCUGACUCCGCCCCUCACCCCCUAACCGCCAAAACCGCCUCCCAAUCCCCGCCAGCAGGCGUCUUCACCCAACCCCUCGCGACGCAAUACGUCAUCCUCGCCCUCGAGGAAGCCACCGAACGCGGCGUCGUCAAGGAGGAGGACGUCACCCAGGAGCGCCUGGCGCAGUUCCUCAGCCUGUCGGGGAGGAAGUUCUACAAGCUUCUCCACGGCGAGGGCGAGGUUCCCCGGAUCAAGCUCGAGAGGAAGGCGUCGAGGAUUCCUACGCAUAUUGCGAAUGAGGCGGGGACGCUGCAGGUUGGGUUGGUGAGGGCUGAGACGCCGAUUAUGAGUUUGAGCUGGGUUUAG